AUGUAUUUUUUUCAACCGCGAUUUAUCAGUGAUUAUGAUGUUACCACUUCAAUUCAUAAACAAGUAAAGGAAAUGGCUAAGAAACAAAAGGAUUUAGCAGGAUGGCAAUAUAUUCUAGCUGCAGAGAGCACUCCUGGGGCAACUGAAGCACAAACUCCCACUAGAAGAAUUAGUAGAAGAGGUGCUCCAUCUGCUGAUCAAAUCAUACUAAAGCGAGACAGCGAUGAAAUGGAAAUAAAAGUUGGUGACACAAUUCUAGUCAAUCAACAAGGAGAGACAGCCAACGAUGUUGCAUUGAUUAAAGAAAUCAAAUUCGGAACUGAUAACUUCAUAGAUUUGAUUGUACUUUGGUUCACACUGGAGAUUGACCUCAAUAAUGACAAUUCCAAAAAAAUCACAACUGAAAAGAAUGAAAUUUAUUUAACUCCCUAUUUGGAUGAGAUUCAAUUGAGUGAGAUUGUGUUCAAAGUGAAUGUUCUUUCUGAAGCCGAAUAUUGUGAUAUUGUCAUUGAUGAUUCCAAUUCAAGCAAUACCUUCAUGGUAAGGCGGACAUACAAUGAUGAGAGUGACAAAGUCAGCGAAACUUUUGACUUUCGUGAGGUGAUGAAUGCUUUCAAGAAAGAUAUAAAUGGACUUGUUAUAUAUGUGAGAAAUAAAGCUGUUGAUCCAGCUUAUAAACAAACGAAAUCCAAUGCCCACGAAAGGCUACAAGAACUAAAAAAGAAACCAACAAAGCCAAAGCUAGUCUCCAAUAUUCCUACAAGCGAUAAUGACAACGAAGAUGACGAUGAAGAUGAAGAUGAAGAUGAAGAAGAACAAUACGAGAGCAGCCAAAAUGAAUCUGAACCUGAAGUUGAUUCAUCAGAUGAUGAGAACGGCUUUGAAAGUGCCGAAGAAGAAUUUGGUACACGUCGUAAAAGAACCAAAUCCACCAAAUCCCCUAAGAAACCAACCAAAUCGCGACGCAAAUCAAGAAUACCACUUUCAUCCCCAUCCUCAUCCCCAAGAAAGAAGAAUAAAGAUAUCGAAGAUAUCUAUUCCACGGUAUUAUUUACUCCCAAGAAGAAGCCAAAAUCAAGCAAUAUCCCCACUUUAUUAUCUUCCCCAGCGAAAGUUCCCACACAUCAAAAAGCAUUAACCGACCCAACUUCGGCCGCAUUUAAAGAAAUUAAGGCCAAAUUACAUACUUCCCAAAAAUUGAAUGCCUUACCUGGAAGAGAAGAUGAAUACGCCAUGAUUUACAUGAAUUUAGAAUCGGCGGUAAAUGAAGAAACGGGGUGUUGUGUUUAUGUCAGUGGUGUUCCGGGUAUGGGAAAAACUGCCACCAUUAGGGAUGUUAUUGAACAAAUGACCCAAUCUUUUCUACUUGGUGAAAUUAAACCAUUUGAUUAUUUGGAACUUAAUGGGUUGAAAUUGUUGUCUCCGAAUAUUGCGUAUGAAAUGUUAUGGGAGAAGAUUAGUGGGGAUAAAGUUAAUCCAGCCCAUGCUGCAUUAUUAUUAGAAGAAUAUUUCAAUCGUGAAGAUAAGAAGAGAAAACCAUUGGUUGUGUUGAUGGAUGAAUUGGAUCAAAUAGCAGCUAAGAAACAAAAUGUGAUGUAUAAUUUCUUUAAUUGGCCAACUUAUAAGAAUUCCCGGUUAAUCGUUAUUGCGGUUGCAAAUACUAUGGAUUUACCAGAAAGAGUUUUAUCAAAUAAGAUUUCAUCUAGAUUGGGAUUAAGAAGAAUUCAAUUCCGUGGGUAUACUUUUGACCAAUUGGGAGAAAUCAUUAAGCAUAGAUUAGAUUUGUUAACUAAGCAUAGUAAGAGAAAAGUAUCAAUUAAUCCCGAUGCUAUCGGAUUCGCAUCAAGAAAAGUCGCCAGUGUCAGUGGUGAUGCCCGUAGAGCAUUAACAAUCUGUCGUCGAGCUGUUGAAAUUGCCGAGAAGCAGUAUUUGGAAGAUCCAGAUCGAAACGAAAAGAACGGAAAUGAAGAUGAUGAAGACCAACCUUAUCAUGUUCUCAUAUCUCACAUAUCUAUGGCUAUUAAUGAAAUUGUCAACUCUCCAUUAGCUCAAUACCUUACCUCAUUACCAUUUGCAUCGAAAUUAAUCUUGGUUGGUAUGUUACGUAGGUCGAAAAUGUCAGGAUUGGCCGAGAAUAAGCUCGGUGAAGUUAUUGAUGAAAUGAAAAAUACAUUAUUUAAAACGACAUUUGACGAGACUUAUCAAAUAUUGUCCCUGAUUGAUCCAAAUUUAAAUAUAUCUCGAUUAUUAUACGCUGAUGGUGUUUUUGGAUCUAGUAAACACAAAGCAAGCUUGAGAAUUGAUCAUUUUAAACAAGCGCUCGCUUCCUUAGCCGAGGCUGGUAUUAUAAUUCAACAGAAUGUUCCUAGUGAGAGAUAUAGGACAGUGCAGUUGAAUAUCUCCGAGGAUGAGGCAAUCUCGAUUUUGAAGAGAGAUAAGGAGGUCGCAUAUAUGUUGGAUUAA